AACUCUCUUAGUGAAUAUCCCAACUCUUUAUUUGAAUUUACUGUGCAGCAAAGAUGGCAACGAAACUUCAAAAGAUUAUGGUGCAGCCCAUAAACCUGAUCUUCAGAAUGUUGCAGCAGAAAUCAAGAGUGCAAAUCUGGCUAUAUGAACAGACCGAGAUCAGGAUCGAGGGACAAAUCUUGGGAUUUGACGAGUUUAUGAACUUGGUCCUUGAUGAUGCAGAGGAGGUAUCAACCAAGACUGGAGCACGGAAACAACUUGGGCGAAUUCUACUAAAAGGAGACAAUAUUACUUUGUUUUGCAAUGCACCCACUACUGCAGCUGGUUAAUGUAUGCAUCGGAUAGUGAAAACUUUUACUGAAGAAAUACAGAUCUUUAAAUACUU